CGCGUCGCUAAUGUGUGACCGCUUUGGUCAUUCGCUGGCUUUCAAUGUAAGCUUUUGGUUCGUUCUAUCAAAACACCCCACGCAACGGGGCAAGUUCUUUGAGGAAAGUUAUCGCGAGAGGGUCCCGCGGGUUCUCGGUAUCGAUUUUUGGCUCGAAAGCUUCCUUGUACUCCUGUGUACCGCACCGAGUUCGUUCCCGAACACGGUCACUUUCUAGAAAAUUAUAAAACAAGAAAACAAGUGUCCGAUGCGAUCGAGAUCAUUCAAGUGGCAGUGGUGGUGGUGGGGAUAAAAAGUUAAAUUUAGUAUGCUCUGUUAGUACAACUGUCCGACCGAGGACCGACCGGCAACCUUGGGUAUCCGGCAUGAGCACAAGUUGAUAGGAUCCCGCUGGCCAGUCGUUGCUUGGAUUCGCUUCGCGUCACAACUGCGUGUGCAGUGGCCUCGAAGAUUCAUUCCAUUUGCAGUCCAUUCAUCGUCGCACCAACGCUAUAAACCGUAUGUGGUACCCUUCCGUCGCGCGAGCCAACCCUUUUUGAAUUCCCUUUUCGGCGUAACACAAACAACGCACGCAAAGCCAACAUGCAUACGCACUGCGUCUCGCGUUUCUUGUGCGCUUCCGCCAAAGGUCUGCGCCCAUCACCACUACAACGGCACGUGGUCUUUGCGCAAGAGUUCGCGGACCAGUCGCCGUUCUGCGCGAGCUCGGCGCGUCGCCAGAUACGAACAGACCGUCCGGAACGCAACGUGUUGCUGGAGGAACCCGUCGGAAGCUUAACGCGCCCGAAUCAACAGUAUUAUCACUCUCGAGCUACAUCCGCCAAAAUCGGGCCAUUUAGCCAUCCUCAGAGCCGAAACAUGAGUUCCGUAGCCUCGAAACAAGGGCUGGUAGCGGUGGAAGAAGCGAGGCGCUUCAUGGUCGACUGUUUGGUCCGAUCGAAGACGCCCCUCAGUCACGCAAAGCAACAAGCGGACCUGCUGGUCGAGGCGGACUACCGUGGUCACUUUAGCCACGGCAUGAAUCGGUUGGAGAUGUACAUCAACGAUCUGCACAAGAAUGCGUGCAGUGGCGAGGCCUCGCCGACGGUGCUGAACGAAACCCCGGCCACGGCCUGGGUCGAUGGUAAAAACGGGCUUGGUGCAGUCGUCGGAAAUUUCUGCAUGGAUCUGGCGAUCAAAAAGGCGAAAGAAGUUGGCGUCGGUUGGGUUUGUGCCAAGCGAUCAAACCAUUAUGGAAUCGCUGGUUGGUACACGCUGCGUGCGAUGAAUGCGGGCUGCAUCGGAAUGUCCAUGACGAACACUUCUCCGCUGGCUAGCCCCACCCGAAGCAAGGAGGCCGCUCUGGGCACUAACCCGAUUUCGGUCGGUGCCCCGGCGAAGGAUGGCGACGGGUUUGUGCUGGAUAUGGCCACCACGGCCGUUGCUGUUGGCAAGAUCGAAAUGCAGCGCCGCAAGAACGAACCGAUCCCCGUCGGUUGGGCACAGGGACCGGACGGACAUCCGACGACGGAUGCGGGCGUUGCGUUUGAUACGGCUUGUUUGAUGCCGCUCGGAGGCACAGAGCUGACCUCCGGCUACAAGGGCUACGGUCUCGGUGCUAUGGUGGAAAUGUUCUGCGGUGUCCUGGCGGGCGCGAACUACGCCACGAAAGUUCGCAAAUGGACGCACGCCGGUGCGGACAGCGAGGCCGACCUGGGCCAGUGUUUCGUUGCCAUCAAUCCAGCGUGCUUUGCGCCGGGCUUCGAAGGUCGCCUGUCGGAUCUUCACAGCAUUUUGCGCAACAUGCCAAUGACUGAUCCCAGCCGUCCGGUGCUGGUGGCGGGUGACCCCGAGCGCUACCACAUGGAGAAGGUGGACAAGGAAGGCGGCCUGGCGUACCACGUGAACCAAAUUAAGACCUGCACGGAACUCUCGGAACGGUUGGGUGUGAAGCCCAUUGCAGUCGUUUAAGUGUUCUCGCAUUUUCUCUUCUCAAGACAUACUCAGUACCGCAUCAAUGCCUUUUCUGCAUUUCUUCACUCGU